AGGUGGUCCCGGGCGGGCUGGCGGGGCUGGGGCGGGGCGCGGCGCCGGGAGGGGAGCGGCCGCAGGCGGGCGGCGGCGGGCACCGGCUGAGUGAGCAGGUAGCGCGGCGGAGGUGGCCGGCCGCCCCCAGGGGGCGAGCGCACAGGCGGGGGCCCCUGCCCGCCGCGCCCCCAGGCUGCGGUGAGCACUCGAGCUCCUGGCACUCGCCGCGCCAGCAGCCAGCAGCUAGCUCUCUCCGCCCCGCCAACCCGGGCCCUACCUGCGGCCACUGUCGGGGGAGGGGGUCCCCCCAGCUCUGCGGAGCCGCAUGAACAAUAGGCGGCGGCGGCUCCUGCGGGUGGCGGCGGCCCCGCACCCUAUGGAUCGGCCGCUCCAUGGAGCCCUCCAGAGCGCUUCUCGGCUGCCUGGCGAGCGCCGCCGCUGCAGCCCCGCCGGGGGAGGAUGGAGCGGGGGCCGGGGCCGAGGAGGAGGAGGAAGAGGAGGAGGAGGCGGCGGCGGCCCCCGGGGAGCUGGGCUCCGACGCGCCGCUGCCCUACUGGACCGCCGUGUUCGAGUACGAGGCGGCGGGCGAGGACGAACUGACCCUGCGGCUGGGCGACGUGGUGGAGGUGCUGUCCAAGGACUCGCAGGUGUCCGGCGACGAGGGCUGGUGGACCGGGCAGCUGAACCAGCGGGUGGGCAUCUUCCCCAGCAACUACGUGACCCCGCGCAGCGCCUUCUCCAGCCGCUGCCAGCCCGGCGGCGAGGACCCCAGUUGCUACCCGCCCAUUCAGUUGUUAGAGAUUGAUUUUGCGGAGCUAACCCUGGAAGAGAUUAUUGGCAUCGGGGGCUUUGGGAAGGUCUAUCGUGCUUUCUGGAUAGGGGAUGAGGUCGCCGUGAAAGCAGCUCGCCACGACCCCGAUGAGGACAUCAGCCAGACCAUAGAGAAUGUUCGCCAGGAGGCCAAGCUCUUCGCCAUGCUGAAGCACCCCAACAUCAUUGCUCUCAGGGGUGUGUGUCUGAAGGAACCCAACCUCUGCUUGGUCAUGGAGUUCGCUCGUGGAGGACCUUUGAACAGAGUGCUAUCUGGGAAGAGGAUUCCUCCCGACAUCCUGGUUAACUGGGCCGUGCAGAUUGCCAGAGGGAUGAACUACUUACACGAUGAGGCGAUUGUCCCCAUCAUCCACCGCGACCUUAAGUCCAGCAACAUAUUGAUCCUCCAGAAGGUGGAGAAUGGAGACCUGAGCAACAAGAUCCUGAAGAUCACUGACUUCGGCCUGGCUCGGGAAUGGCACCGAACCACCAAGAUGAGCGCGGCAGGGACAUACGCUUGGAUGGCCCCCGAAGUCAUUCGUGCCUCCAUGUUUUCCAAAGGCAGCGAUGUGUGGAGCUACGGGGUGCUGCUUUGGGAGCUACUGACUGGUGAGGUGCCCUUCCGAGGGAUCGAUGGCCUGGCAGUCGCUUAUGGAGUGGCCAUGAACAAACUCGCCCUCCCCAUCCCUUCUACAUGCCCAGAACCUUUUGCCAAACUCAUGGAAGAUUGCUGGAAUCCCGACCCCCAUUCACGACCACCCUUCACAAAUAUCCUGGACCAGCUAACUACCAUAGAGGAGUCUGGUUUCUUUGAAAUGCCCAAGGACUCCUUCCACUGCCUGCAGGAUGACUGGAAACAUGAGAUUCAGGAGAUGUUUGACCAACUCAGGGCCAAAGAAAAGGAGCUCCGCACAUGGGAGGAGGAGCUGACGCGGGCUGCGCUGCAGCAGAAGAACCAGGAGGAGCUGCUGCGACGCCGCGAGCAGGAGCUGGCCGAGCGGGAGAUCGACAUCCUGGGACGCGAGCUCAACAUCAUCAUCCACCAGCUGUGCCAGGAGAAGCCGCGGGUGAAGAAACGCAAGGGCAAGUUCCGCAAGAGCCGGCUGAAGCUCAAGGACGGGAACCGCAUCAGCCUCCCUUCGGAUUUCCAGCACAAGUUCACGGUCCAGGCCUCCCCCACCAUGGAUAAAAGGAAGAGCCUCAGCAGCAGCCGCUCCAGCCCUCCUGCAAGCCCGACCAUCAUCCCUCGCCUUCGAGCCAUCCAGUUGACACCAGGUGAAAGCAGCAAAACCUGGGGCCGGAGCUCAGUCAUCCCGAAGGAGGAAGGAGAGGAGGAGGAGAAGAGGGCUUCCAAGAAGAAGGGACGGACGUGGGGGCCGGGGACGCUGGGUCAGAAGGAGCUUGCCUCGGGCGACGAAGGAUCCCCUCAGAGACGUGAGAAAGCUAACGGGUUAAGUACCCCAUCAGAAUCUCCACAUUUCCACUUGGGCCUCAAGUCCCUGGUAGAUGGAUACAAACAGUGGUCGUCCAGUGCCCCCAACCUGGGGAAGGGCCCUCGGAGCAGCCCGGCCCUGCCGGGGUUCACCAGCCUUACAGAGAUGGACGAUGAGGACAGCGAAGGCCCAGGGAGUGGGGAAAGUCGUCUACAGCAUUCACCCAACCAGUCCUACCUCUGUAUCCCAUUCCCUCGUGGAGAGGAUGGGGAUGGCCCCCCCAGUGACACAGCCCACGAGGAGCCCACCCCAGUCAACUCAGCCACCAGUACCCCUCAGCUGACGCCAACCAACAGCCUCAAGCGGGGUGGCGCCCACCACCGCCGCUGUGAGGUGGCUCUGCUUGGCUGUGGGGCUGUUCUCGCAGCCACAGGCCUAGGGUUUGACCUGCUGGAAGCUGGCAAGUGCCAGCUGCCUCUCCCAGAGGAGCCUGAGCCACCAGCCCGGGAGGAGAAGAAGAGGCGCGAGGGACUUUUUCAGAGGGCCAGUCGUCCUCGACGGAGCACCAGCCCCCCGUCCCGGAAGCUCUUCAAGAAGGAGGAGCCCAUGCUGUUGCUAGGAGACCCCUCUGCCUCCCUGACACUGCUGUCUCUCUCCUCCAUCUCCGAGUGCAACUCCACACGCUCCCUGCUGCGUUCGGACAGCGAUGAGAUCGUGGUGUAUGAGAUGCCUGUCAGCCCGGUGGAGGCCCCACCCCCGACCCCUUGCACCCACAACCCCUUGGUCAACAUCCGAGUGGAGCGCUUCAAACGGGACCCUCACCAAUCUCUGACUCCCACCCACGUCACCCUCACAGCCCCCACGCAGCCCAGUGGUCACCGGCGGACCCCUUCUGACGGGGCCCUCAAGCCAGCGGCUCUCCUGGCCAGCAGGAGCCCCUCCAGCAACGGGCUGGGCCCCAGCCCCGGAGCAGGAAUGUUGAAAACCCCCAGCCCCAGCCGAGACCCAGGUGAAUUCCCCCGUCUCCCUGACCCCAAUGUAGUUUUCCCCCCAACCCCGAGGCGCUGGAACGCACAGCAGGACUCCGCCUUGGAGAGACCCAAGACCCUGGAGUUCCUGCCUCGGCCUCGUCCUUCCGCCAACCGGCAACGGCUGGACCCCUGGUGGUUUGUGUCCCCCAGCCACGCCCGUAGCGCCUCCCCGGCCAACAGCUCCAGCACAGAGACACCCAGCAACCUGGACUCCUGCCUUGCUAGCAGCAGCAGCACUUUGGAGGAGCGGCCUGGGCUCCCUGCCCUGCUCCCGUUCCAGGCGGGGCCGCUGCCCCCCACCGAGCGGACGCUGUUGGACCUGGACGCCGAGGGCCAGAGUCAGGACAGCACUGUGCCACUGUGUAGAGCUGAACUGAGCGCACACAGGCCUGCCUCUUAUGAGAUCCAGCAAGAGUUCUGGUCUUAGCACGGAAAGGCUCAGGGUGGGCAAGGGGGACGCAGGAGGAGAUGGGGGAGCUGGCUGGCACAGCCCUUUCUCAGAGUUGGACCCCUGAGAUCCAGUCCCACUUCUUGCACUGAUAAUGCACUUUGAAGACGGAAGGGAUGGAAGCAGAGCCACUUCAGAGGGUCGCUAGCCCUGUAGGGCCUUUUACCUGUGUCCACUGGAGGGGCUGUGGCUAUCAGCUCUGGCUGUAGGGGAGAGGGGUACGUGCAUGUCCCCCACCCUCCACAGUCUUCCUCGCCUUUAGGGUGACCCUGCGGUGUCACUCAGCCAAAUCUGUCUGCUGCUCCCUCUCCUCAGCCCCUGGGUAUGCCCAGGGCCUGUCCUGGGGGCCCUGUUAGCCCUGAGUUCAGCCUUCCCAAGCAUCAGUAUUGGACGUUCUGUGAUUGAUUUUAUUUCUCUUCCACAUUCUUCCCCGACACCCAUGAAUCAGAAUCUUGUUUGAUGUGAGCUUUUCUGUGUCCUAAGCCCUUCCAUGCCAGCUGGGGGACGGAUGGACCCGGCACUACCUCCCUGCACUUCCAGGUGCCCACCUAUUUAUUUGAGCCUGCCCGUGGUAGGGGAGCUGCCUCAGUGAGAGCUGGGGGCGGGAAGGGUGUUAGGGAAAAUACAGUUAGCUGCAGUAAAGAGGGUAACGGAGCCUGUCCAUCCUUGUUCCUUUUGGCACCCAUCUUCUCCCCGGGGCCCACAUACGGUCAGGCCAGGUUCCGAUACAAACAUAAGCUCAUCCCACGACCAGUUGCUUGGGAUGCCAGAGACCAAGUUCCUCCGUUUGUCCCUUUUGUUGUCUGAUCUUUAUGUGUCAUUCCCUUCCCGCGAGCUUUCCUCCAGUCCCUGGAAAUAGUGGACUUUGGGUUCCGUAUUUGGUUGGUAGAUAUCUCUGCAUUGCACCAGAAUAGCAUAUGGGGUGGGAGUGUGGGAUCCUCGACACUGGGGGUUGGAACUGGGCAACGGUGUUCCUUCUCAGCCAGGCCAUCCAUUCUGAAAUGCCCGUGAAGCAAAACAGAGCCCUUGGUAGUACCUUCCGUGAAUGGAUGAGUGCGGCGGCGAUGAUUGUAAGGUGCUCCGUGAGCUGCCGAUGGACAGUAACCUCCAAGUCCCGGCACUGGCCACUGGCCAAGGCUCUUGUCUCUGUGCACAGAUGGCCCCAAUGCUGGACUGUGGAGCCAGGUAGGAAGGACAACAGUGGCCAACCCUGACUUUUCUGGAAUUUGAUUCCUUGACUUGAAUGUUGAGCUUCUUCUGGAGCUUUCUCUUACGCAUCUUCACUACUCCACUCACUCUGAGGCCUCCUGCAUCAGUGAGGCCUCCUGCGUCCGUGGGAACAGUUGUCUCUGAGUGGGGGAAACAGCGUGAUUGGGAGUAGAGUCCUUAGGUCCUGCUCCGCCCCCCUCAAGACUCUGUGUGUUGCUCCACCGCCUUUUAUCGUGGAACGUUCCUCUGGAGAUGUUGGUGGCCAGCCUGCAGGCUCCUUGCUCUUGCUGCCUGAAUGUCAGAACGGGGAGAGCGGUGAAGCAGGUCCAAGUGAUAGACAUGGUCACUGCUCUCUGCACCUGUGACAGACAUCCUGCCGAGGGGAUGGCUUUCAAAUCGUUCCUUGUUUUAUGAGCCCACUGGCACUUUGGUUCAAGGGCCCCACCUGGUCUUGGCUGGGGAGGCACUAUUGGUUUUGUGGCUCAGGGUCUGUUGUUGCAUCUCAUCCUCUCUGUCUUUGUUCAGUGAAGCCCACAUGUAGGAGAUUGUUUUUGCCCCAUUCCCCACUCCUUAGCUAGGAGGGAUAAACUGUGAGUCCAGCCAGGACUCCUCUUCAUUCCUGGUGGGAGAGGGACACAGGUGGUCUGGUCUGUGCCCCUCCCUGGACUCCGCAUAGCUCCAGUCCCAGCCACUAACACAUCUGUAAGCCACCAACACACCUGUAAGCCACAAAGCGGCUCUCGGGGGGAGGUGGGUGCAGCCUGCAGCGUGAUCCAAACCAUGCUGACUCUGGAUGGUGCUCUGUGGUGUGAGGCAGGGAUGCUUCCUUUGCUCAUGUUCUACCUUUUGCCAUUUUGUUAGGUGGUAGCCAUCUUUCUUGGAAGUGUAACCGACACAGCAUAAACCGAGUGACGGCCAUUUGCCACUGAGUGACAGUUGAACCCCGCUCUUACUCCUCCAUCCAGGAGGGAGCCAGAGGCUGCGUCUCUGCUGAGGGAAGCACUACAACUGCCAGAGGCAGCAGCGGGGUUCUUCUGAAAAUGCUUCCGUGAGUUUCCAUGAUGAUGAAGGCGUUACCGUCUCUCUCUGCUGGGCCCCUGGGAUAAGGAUCCUAUAGGGUAGCAGGUUUGAGGUACUUUCUGUCUAUUCAGGUUCCGUGGCCUCUGUGGUCAUGGUCAGGCUCACGCCUUGAACCUGGGGACCAGGCUUCCUCUGCGACAGCAAUAGCCUCCCUUUCCCCUUUUCUCUCUCCUCAGAGACUUCCCCUUACUCUUGGCCGGUGCUCACUACAUGGACGAUGCUGAUAGGAAACAGACCCUGUUCUCUGCCCCUUAUCCUGAGAGCUGUUGGCUCCUUCCACUGAUGCUAAACAGAUGAUCCUUCAUUUACCGCCUGGGGCCUCCAGGCCACUGCUGGGGCUGAGUGGAUGUCCUAGAUACCCUCAUAUGUUAUUUCUAAGAGACGUUGGUGUGUGCUCUUAACUUCCCAUCCUUUAGUAUCCUGAGGGUUUGGUGGUGGUGGUUGAUGAUGAUGAUGAUGAUGAUGAUGGUGCUACCUUAUAUUUGCACGACUCGGAAUAAUGCUAACCUCUCCUCCUGACCUAGUACAAAAUUACAUCUCUUUCUUCUACAUUUGAUGCCCUUGCUGGUAGAGAAGGGAAAAUGCUUGAAGACAAAGGUUCAGGUGAAGAGAAAUGAAAAAGCUGCUUGGGUGGAUUUCUGAGUCGGGCACCAGGCUCUGAGCCCUGAACACGUUGGCUCUGUUCCUCACUCUGCUUCUGCCGUCUGACCUCGGGCUUGUCUCUUCACUCUCGGAUUUCCUUCCUGCAAAGGCCGCCGUCCCCGCUUCCCUCCCAAGGGCAGUGAGCACAGGAUCAGCAGGUCAGUGAGGACGGACUGCUGAGGGUGGCAGUGUGGUUCUCACCUUUUCCUUCUAGGGACUUGCCUGCCAUCUCCUCCUUUGUCUUCUGGAAGAGGAGUGAUUGGAGGUUGGCUUUGCGUGACUAACAGGGCCCAUGGUCAGGCCCGUGCUCUUCUCCUGCAUUUAUGUAGCACCUGAUGUUUACAAGCCUCCUUCCAAAUUCCCCCACUUACCGUGCCCGGCUGAUCGUCUCCACCACUAGUGUCUCCAGAGGAGGAAGUGGCUGGGGGCAGCAUCGGAAUGACAGCGUGGGGUCUCUGAUUUCUUGGAGGCCCUCCCGGAGUCUUAUUUGUUCAGAGACUGGAAUCAGGCCACAUCCUGGAGGAACCUUCGGGACAGGGUCAGCUGGCCUGUGGGGCAUGUGUCAUGGUGUGGGCUUCCUCACACAGCCCUUUUCCCUCAGACCACGAUUGCUCAGGGACGUGGUGGGGCACCCGAGGACAGCGAGGCCUGAUUUUUUUUAUUGAUUUCAGAGAGGAAGGGAGAGGGAAAGAGAUAGAAACAUCAGUGAUGAGAGAGAAUCAUUGAUCGGCUGCCCCUGCACACCACACACUGGGGAUUGAGCUCAAAAUCCGGGCACGUGCUCCAACCGGGAAUCGAACCGUGACCUCCUGGUUCAUAAGUUGAUGCUCAACCACUGAGCUAGGCCGGCCAGCUGGGCAAGGCCUGACUUCUUGUCAACACUCUUGUUCCACAGCCCCCACAUUGGGCCUCCCUCCCUCCCCUGCAAGGAGGGAAACACCUCCUGAGCACCCCUAACUCUUCAAGCUUGCUGUUAACAGCGCACAGGGCAGUGGGUACUGAAGACUGGAUGGCUGUGAAUGGCUCACUUCUGGCAGGCCCCUCAGUGCAGAAUGGACCUUUUCCUUUCAUUGAGCCUUUGACUCAGGUGUGUAGCAUCAGGCAGGUCAGAAACACUCCAUUGCCAUUUUUUUUUAAAUUUAUCUUUAUUGUUGAAAGUAUGCAGAUGUCCCCUUUAUUCCCCAUUGACUCCCUUCACCCUGUACCCGCCCCUGCCCCCCCCCCCGCCCCAGGCCGUGUCCAUGGCUUAUGCAUUAUUGCCUCUUGAAGGAUUGGGGGAAGAAGCAGGUGCCAAGUUUUCGGGGGGCGGGGGAGGCCAGGGAGGCCGGGCUUUUCCUGAGGCCUUUGUCAGAGACUGCACCCCUGGGUCAGAGGUGAGAACAGCCUGCAGCUCAUGGUGGUUGUGAUGGGAAGUGAGGGAGGCCACGGGAGCUGCAGGAUUGCGGAGAUCUGAGCUGCCCAUACACUAGGUGCGUGAGGUUGCAGAUGUCUCUUCCUGUCCGUGGGCCUCAGCCCAGCCGUGAGCUGAGGACAGUGCUGCCCCUACCGAAGCACGAAGCCCUUCUAACUUUAAACUGUGUGGUCCUGGAGCCCCCGGUCCAGCGCUGAUAAGUCUCACCUUGCUGGAUGGCUUCUCUUUGGAGAAAAUUAUAUACGUGUUGGGGGAGGGGGGAAGUGGUUGUAGGUAAAAAUAUAUAUAUAUAUAUAUAUAUGGAAAUAAGCAAUUUCGUAUGCUUCCACCUGCUAGACCACCGGCCUUGCUCCAUGGCUGCAGGCCUGAGGAUGAUGUCCUGUGAAGCUACAGUUGUAGUCACACGUUCCCAAAUGCCCUGCUCUUCCUUCAGACGAAUCAUUGUUUUCUUAGGUCAGCAAUUCAAAUGAAUAAAAAUCCACGUCCGAAAGAACAACCCACUGCUGCUUCCUCAGUCCCCGGCUUGUUCCUGGCCUGGCUGCCUGGGAGCUCACCAACUCAGGCACCUGUGUUGGAAGGUGGGCGGCAGAAAUUGGAGUCCUGGCUGAUGAAGGCUAAUUAACAGGGCUCAGGUGCCCAAUUAACCUGACCCAGCCCUGGGCCUCGGGUUGGCUGUGCGGCCAGGUGAGCCCCUCCUAGCCUAGACUGCUCAGACUGUUGACUGAGUGUUUUCCAUUUGUCCUGAGGGGAUGUGACAGGCCGCCCCGCCUUUGUCCAUUUCCAGGCUUGGGCCCUGGAAGCAGCCUGGCCUCUGGGCUUCUGAGGGAGCCCUGGCAUGUGCUCUUCCAAAGGCUGGGCUCCCUCCUUAAUCUGGAGCCAGUGGGACUGGUCAGUCCUGAUUCUCACGGUCUGGUCCCUGCUUCCCUGCAUCCCCUGCCCGGAGCCUUGCUUUAGGUCACAACUACAGCUAGAAUGAGCCCUGGCUGGUGUGGUUCAGUUGGUUGGAGCAUUGCUGCAUACACCGAAAGGUGGCAGGGUUUGAUUCCCGGUCAGGGCACAUACCUAGGUUGUGGGUUCAGUCUCCGGAUGGGGUGCGUUAUAGGAGGCAACCAAUCAAUGUUUCUUCGAGAGAGAGAGAGAGAGAGAGAGAGAGAGAGAAUGAAUAGAGAAGGGUCCAGUGGGUUCUCAGAGCCAGGAGCUUUUCCACAUCUUUGUUUCUCUUGGAAACACCCACCUUUCUCCUGACCCAUCUUCCCUCCUGACUGGUCUCACCCUCCCUGCAAACACCCACAACCUAGUUUUACGAGACCAAUUGGCAGGCGUGGACCUGACAACUAGAUGGGUGUUUGAGGACAAGACACUGGAGUACAUUCCAGCCCUUUUCUACGAUCGCGCAUGAGGCUCACAUCCAGGAAUUCUAAGCCCAGAGGUCAGCUGUGAUUGAUGAAGGAGAGUCCGGUGUGUGGGUGUGGGGGGGGGGGGGGAUAUUGUCACUUGCCUGCACUUGCUGGAGGGUGAGACCAAGUUUCCGUUUCAGAGGGAAUAUGCUGCCCACAUCCCUAAGCUCCUGCAUGGACAGGUCCUGGCUUUAUUUAAAAUUCUGAUAUUGUGCUCAACGUGGAUUGUUUUUCCCAUUAAUUUUAAUUUUUUAAAAUACUGCACUGAAAUACGAUUUAUCUUGAUAGAACUGAGUCGUGGGUGCCCCCUUAAAAUUUCCAUCCAACGGGAGUACCUCACUGGGUCUGCGGAGCCGCUGGGGCAGAAUUGUGAAGUUGGUGAUAGGAUUUGUUCUGUUUUUCCUGGUUGCCCUUGCUCUACAUCCCGUGUGAGGAGGAGUUUUCUGGUAGUAUUUGCGUUUAAAUAGGAAUAUGCUGACUGUCAUCUUAGGGCAGAUUUCAUCUUUGGACCUACAAUUGGGGGUGACUUUUCCUUGAAGUUCUCCAGCUUCCUUUCAGCCUCCCCCAAACCCUGAGGCCACUUAGAGGUAUGUGUGUGUUUUAGGGGCAAAGUAGGCGAUUACAGUAGAGAGGGCCGUUUUGAUUCUCACCUAACAUCUCUGCGACAUCCCGGAACUCCCAGAGAUGUGAAUAAAUCGGACUCAUUCUCUCUCCCAGAUUUCAGAAAGGACAGGUGGGUGGAGGCGUCCUCACUCCCUUGCAUGCCUGGAGCGUGUUCAGCGCACUGUGCCUGGGUCCCCGCAAGCCUUCCUCAUGUCAGCCAUCUCCUUUUCACUGCCGUUAUUAUUCUCUCAUCUUUGUUUCACUCUCAUCAUUUAUCUCUACCUCCAGUGCCAGGGCCAUGCUGGCUGUGGCUCUUCUCCGUCACUGUCAGAGUGAAGCAUAGACUUAGCCUGGUCUCUGCGUGGCUAACAAGGAAUCAGAAACCACACGUUUCCUCUAUGUGGGAGGCGGUGUCCUAGAGGUAUUAUUAUUACCAUUAUUAUUAUUUUGACUCACAAUAAUCCUGGGAGGGAAGGUAUGACCCCCAUCUGAGGAUGUGGAAACUGAGGCUCAGAUAACUCUAUAACGUGCCCAAGGUCCCACACACAGCUAGGAAGCAACAUUACUGAACUGCUUGGCUCCAAAGUUGUGCCACUGUUGAGUAGCCCUGGGAUAAGGUGGGCCUAGUGUAGGUCCCCCAAGCCUUGAGAUGGCUCUGUGUCCAAGGGGGAGCGUAUCCUGUGGCUAAUCCGUCUGCCUUCGUCCCUGGGCUCACCCAGCAGGACCUGCAACCUCCCAGCUCAGCCGACUUCCUCUCUGCUCCUGGCUGCUCUCUCCACCAUUUCCACCAUUUUUCGGGGGUUUGUUCCACACAAGGGUUGAACACGUCAAUCCCGUAGCCCUUCUCCCCGCACCACGGAAGGCCUGUGGGCCUCGCUCCUGUGUUGUCAGCCCCAGUGGCCCCAUGACUGCUCUUAGCCACAGCUUCCACCCCCCUCCCUCCUAGUCUUUUGAGUGUGGAAGCCUUGUGGUAGCUCCUCACUGGGAACUUGAAGCCAGGCUUUUGCCUUUUGUUGCAUUGAGAGCCAUGUGCCCUUGGUACCCAGUUGUAGCAAAGAGGGGAGUUGAUGAACUUGUCAGCUUUCUCUGAUUUUUUUCAUCACCCACUCUGUACACAUACACACACAUGCACGCUUGUCUACACGAACCUUUAGUUGACACUGUGUCUGUCUUCAGAGGAUGAAGGAAAGGAGCUGGAGAUGGGUUUUAUCUCACUUUCUUUGGGAUUCGCCUCCCCGUUCGAGCCUUUGAGUCUGGGUAAGGUGAAAGGUUGCACACGCGUUCCUUUUGCUCCUCUGUAACUAGCUACCAAUUUUCAUUCCUAGGUCUUCUCUGCUCCGUGUCCUGUCCGUGUGUCCUGACCCUGUGUCCUUGAGUUCCCGUUUGCUUUGGGAUUUAAGUUAUUGUUAAUUCGUCAACAAUAUUAAAAUAGAAAAGUCCUGAAGGAAACUUUUCAGGUUCUUUCCUUUGGCUGUUUGUUUUCCAGGUACUGUAAAUUGUUGACUAAGGAUGCCAAGCAGGCUUGGUUCAAUGGCUAAACCUCUUAUCGUAUUACAGUGCAAUGCUGGUCUCAGCCUGGUCUCACCACCAGAGCACACACAAACUUGAAUAAAACUGGUAUAGCAAUGA